CGCAGUGGAGCUCCAGCGCCUUUGUGUGCUGCAGAGGGGGCGCCUCUCGGCUCGUCUUUAUCCCGACGCAGCGCCAGGCAGCUCCGGCCUCACAGCAAUCAUGGUGAACGUGAAGAAGCGGAAAGGACGGGUCGUGAUUGACUCCGACUCCGAAGACAGCGCUAGUGACGAUAACCUGGAUCAAGAGCUGCUGUCGCUGGCGAAGAGGAAGAGAGUCGACUCGGGCGAUCAGGAGGACCCCCCCAGCAAGCCAGCUGCCUCGACGGACUCGGAGACGUCGGACAGCGAUGACGAGUGGACCGUGGGCGGCACCAAGAGCAAGAAGAAAGCGAAGUCGGGGAAAGGGGGCGAGAAGAAGGGAGCGGCGAAGAAACGGGCCAACAAGGCCGCGUCUUCAGGCAGCUCGGAUGGGGACAGCUCCGCGGAGAGCUCUGCCCCUGAGGAAGGCGAGGUGUCGGACUCGGAGAGCAACAGCUCCUCAUCCAGCUCGGACUCGGACUCCUCCUCCGAGGACGAGGUGUUCCGCGACGGCUACGGCGACGACCUGAUGGGGGAUGAGGAGGACCGGGCCCGGCUGGAGCAGAUGACGGAAAAGGAGAGGGAGCAGGAGCUCUUCAACCGUAUCGAGAAGCGAGAGGUGCUCAAGAGGAGGUUUGAAAUUAAGAAGAAGCUGAAAACAGCCAAAAAGAAGGAGAAGGAGGAGAAGAAGAAAAAGCAGGAGGAGGAGCAGGAAAAGAAGAAGCAGUCUCAGAUCCAGGACACACAGGUGGUCAUGUCCCACAAUAAGGAACGAAGAUCCAAGCGUGAUGAGAAAUUAGAUAAGAAAUCACAAGCCAUGGAGGAACUCAAAGCGGAGAGGGAGAAAAAGAAGAACAGAACAGCUGAGCUCUUAGCCAAAAGGCAGCCUCUCAAGACCAGUGAGGUCUACUCCGACGACGAGGAGGAGGAAGAGGAAGAUGACAAGUCCUCGGUGAAGACGGACCGUUCCUCUCGUUCAUCCUCCUUUGAUGAGGAAGAAGAGAAGGAAGAGACCCCUCCGAAGUCUCAGCCAGUGUCGCUGCCGGAUGAGCUGAACCGGAUUCGGUUAUCCCGGCACAAACUGGAGCGCUGGUGCCACAUGCCUUUCUUCUCCAAGACGGUGACGGGCUGCUUCGUGCGGAUAGGAAUAGGAAACAGCAGCAGCAAGCCCGUCUACAGGGUUGCAGAGAUUGUCGAUGUUGUGGAAACGGCUAAAGUCUACCAGCUGGGGUCGACGAGAACAAAUAAAGGUUUACAGUUACGGCAUGGCGGUGACACACGCGUGUUCCGACUGGAGUUCGUCUCAAACCAGGAGUUCACCGAGAACGAGUUUAUGAAGUGGAAAGAGGCGAUGAUCAUCGCUGGAAUGCAGGUUCCUACGUUGGACGAGAUCGCCAAGAAGGAGCAAGCCAUUAAAGAAGCGCUCAACUACAAAUUCAACGACAAAGACAUAGAGGAUAUCGUUAAAGAGAAAGACAGGUUUCGAAAGGCACCUCCUAAUUAUGCCAUGAAGAAAACUCAACUCCUGAAAGAGAAGGCCAUGGCUGAAGAAGCUGGAGAUGGAGAAAAAGUCAAACAGAUCCAGGAUCAGCUGAACGAGCUGGAGGAGAGAGCGGAGGCUCUGGACAGACAGAGAACCAAAAACAUCUCGGCCAUCAGUUACAUUAACCAGAGGAACAGAAGCUGGAACAUUGUGGAGUCUGAGAAGGCCCUUGUGGCUGAGGGUCAGAACUCGAAGAACCAGCAGAUGGAUCCCUUCACAAGGCGACAGUGCAAGCCCACCAUGGUGUCCAACGCUCGUGACCCUUCUGUUCACGCUGCUAUCCUCGCUCAUCUCAACCAGAAAUAUGGCUCGGGGUCGACGCCAGACAACGUUCCAGAGAAAAGCAAACCGGGACAAGGAGGAAAGGAUAAAGAUGUGGCCAAAACCACAAGCGAUCUGUCCGAGGAUCUUUUUAAAGUUCAUGAUUUCGACGUGAAGAUUGACCUUCAGGUGCCCAAUGCAGAAGCCAAGUCGUUAUCCGUGAGCUCCAACGCCCUCCCCGUGAAAGACGGCGCCCCCCGGCGGUCACUCAACCUGGAGGACUACAAGAAGAGGAGGGGGCUCAUCUGAGCUUUGCCCCAGCCCAGCUCUCCUUGCAUGUGUCCGUGUUUCUGCUGGAACUGCAGGUGCUCAGCAUGGGCCCCUCCACGUCCGCGCGCGUGUGCGUCCAACUGAGAGAACACAGACUUCACCUUCACUGUAAAGAGUUCACUUGUGCUUUUUUUUUUCCUUUUAAGGUCGUCUGUUCUUUAUUUGCAUAUUACGUGAAUUGUACGUGGGAUUCCUUUUUAUUUUUUUAAAACUCCCUUCCUUACCCAUGAACUGUAUUCUGUGAUUUGAGGAGGACAUAAUACCAGAGGACAAUAGAGAAUUAUCUGUAUAUUACUUAAGGAUACAAAUAGACCUUUAUCUGGAAGAAAAAGAUGGCUUCGUUUCAGCUGGGAAUACCGAAAGAGGGCAGUGAUUUUUCUUUUUCCACUCCGGAUUCUUGCUUUCUGCAGCAUCUCAACAUGUGAAGAAACAAGUGCUGCAUUAUCGAUCUAUUCCAGUGGCGACCCAGACAGGCCUCUGGAGUACACCAGAGGCUCUGUCCCUUUGGGAUUCAAACAAGGGAAACACAACUACAACACUUUUUGUAUAAGAAAACCAAACGAGAACAGUUCAUAUGGAGAAUGUAAAAAUCGACCUCUUUUCCCCCCCAACUUGACGUCGGCAGUCUUGUACGUUUACCAGAGGACAGGUGUGAGUAUUGGAAAACAUGUUCUUGAGUAAAUCCCGUAUUGACGUGGCAUGCCAUGUAAAUAUUCAGUUCUAAUGGGUGCUGCACAAUAAAGAGGGACACUUUUCAUA